CUGCGACAAGAAAAGAUUGAACUGGAAGAAACACUGGAAAAGGAGCAAGAAUGCCAGAUAAAUAAACUCAUGAGAAAAAUUGAAAAGUUAGAGGCAGACACUUAUAACAAACAGCAGACUCUUGAACAGCUGAGAAGAGAAAAAGUUGAGCUGGAAAAUUCACUGGAACAGGAGCAAGAAUCACUGGUCAACAGACUCUGGAAACGAAUGGAUAAACUAGAAGCAGAGAAAAGACUGCUGCAGGAAAAGCUUGAUCAGCCCAUCUCUGCUCCUCUGAGCCCCAGAGAUAUCAACAAUGGUGAUACUGCAAGUAACCUAGCGCAGCAUAUUGAUAGUCUGCGGUCAGAGGUCAAUAAGCUGAAAGAACAAUUGAGGAGUGCCCAAGUUGAGCAUGCUGAGAAAAUGGCUCAAUAUGCCCAGGAGGAAAGACAGAUUAGGGAAGAAAAUUUGAGGUUACAGCGCAGGCUGCAGCUGGAGAUGGAAAGAAGGGAAAAUCUUUGUCGGCAUUUAUCAGAAUCUGAGUCAAGUUUAGAAAUGGAUGAUGAAAGACAUUUCAAUGAGGUAGCCAAACAGCAUGAAGCAGCUUCAGUCAGCCACAUCAGACCCCGCACCGUGUCAAGCCCUAUCCCUUACAACAGUAGUGCACCAAGAUCCGUUUCACCAAGUAUGACUUACAUUGCAGCAAAAAGUCCUCCCAGUCCAAUGAGGCGGCCGGCCCCAGGACAGUCAUUCCACCCUCCAGCUCAGCCUUCCACCAUGCCACAUGGGUCAUCCAUGGCUUUCCACCCACAUGGCAUCAGUUCACAGCACAAUCCGAAUGCCUUUGUGGGAGCUAGCACUUCUCCACCAGUGUUUGGGGCUGCUUCAAACUACAGUGUUCAGAAACCAAGAGUGCAUGCAGACAAGUUUGCUAAACCUAGUGGAUUUCCUGUUGAGAAAAACUGA